AUGGAACACCGGAUGGAUACAGAGAGGUUGGUAGAUGGGAAUUCUGCUGUUUAUCUUCGUGGCUUAGUGACAGAUUUCAAGAUUGAAGAGACGUUUAGGAAUGUUUACACAGAUGCAAAAUUCGUGGAAGUACAACGAGAGUGCAAAAGGUUGAUGUACUGUAAUUGUAGCAGCAUUAAUAAAGAGCUUGGAGAGGGGUGCUAUGAGCACAUAAUUAAGGACAUAGUUUGUGUUUAUAGUGAUUUUGACAAGAAGGAAAAGCCUAUAAACAGGUGGAUAUUUUACCAGGUUUUGUAUUGUGCAAAAACUAAAGAAGUUGAGUGUGAAUGCAAGAUGUUCGAAUGUAGUGGGAUUCUUUGCAGGCAUUGCAUCAAUGCUCUUGAAGUGCAACAGAUAUCUGACGUGCCUAAGAAGUACAUCUUGGAUAGGUGGCGUAAAUAUAUUUACCGUAAGCAUAGUAGAGUGAAGGUUACGUACCAUGAUAUUUCUAAGACUACAGAAGUACUUCGUUACGACAAGAUGAUGAUUGCAUUUUAG